AUGGGAAUUGGAACAGCGUCUACAAAAGGUUUGCCCGCUGGAGCGACCGGGGUAUCUGGGAACUGCUGCAUCAGCAUUGCGCCGACGACCCGGAUCUGGAAUACCUCAUCAUCGACCGCACCGUAUUAUCGACAGCACCGUGGUCCGGGCCCAUCCCUGCGCCGCCGGAGCGCCCCCCAAAAAGGCGGCCAGGCGGCCCAGGCCCUGGGCCGGAGCCGCGGCGGGUUCAGCACCAAGGUCCACGUGAGCGUGGAUGCCUUGGGCAAUCCCUUGCGGUUCAUCCUGACUGGGGGGCAAAAGCACGACAUCACCCAGGCCCAGGGGCUGAUCGCCGAUCAUGCCGGAGAGUACGUGAUUGCCGACAAGGGGUAUGAUUCCCGUGAGUUUCGCCAGUACAUCCUGGAACGAGGCAUGCGUCCGGUCAUACCGCCACGCUCCAACCGUAAGGAACCCCAAGCCUACGAUGCUUGCCUCUACCGAGAGCGGCACCUGGUGGAAUGCUUCAUCAACAAGAUCAAGCACUAUCGCCGGGUAUUCUCCCGGUUUGAGAAGCUGGACACCAGAUACCUGGGCUUCCUUCACUUUACCGCUGCCCUCAUUUGGUUACGAUGA